UGUAACUCCACUAUACAAUCAGUGGUACACCAGGUCCACUCAUAGCCCAUCAUAUGCCGUUUUAACUGCCACCCAUCCAUGCUACCCUGCCAGCUUAAAAUGACAGGCCACACAAAAAAACAAACAAGCAAAACCACUGCUGCCACUUUACUUCUCUGAASCUACCUCAUACAUCCAUGGCUAACCACAACCAGUUUUCUGCGUCCCACAUAGGAUGGAGGGCAUGGGGGAGGCGRGAGGGCAGAUGACACACAACGACAUCAAGCAGGCAAUGAAGGCAUGACGUGAUAAUGCAUGGAAUGACAAGCAACAACGAAGGACAAAGGCUGGAGGGCACAGGGGAGGUGGAAGGGCAGACGACACACAAACACACCAAGGAGGCGGGAGGGCAGACAACAACAAGCACACAAGGCAGGCAAAUCAGAAAAAAAAAUACAAGUCCAUAAAAGUUUCAAAGACCGAAAAAAAAAAAAACUGAUGAUCACAAGAUUGUUUCGUCGGAAUUGCACCGACUCAUCAGGAGGCUGAACCCUCGACAAUCUGAGGAAUCCUCGUAUUUGAUGGUUUGGGUCAUGAACCCUUUGACCCUUGUUGAAGGCAGACUGUCCCCAAGCGGAACAUAGCAGCGGGCAGCAACCCUGUGGAGCACCAGGCAACACAGUAGAGGCAACACGGCUGCACAACGCCAAAAACGACGGCAAGGAAUGACAUGGCAUGCAGGGCAUGCAGCACGGCAACCGUGUAGUGAGCACAAGACAACACAAGCAAGGCAACAGCACUGCAGGGGACAACAGGGCGACCGGACCAGCAGCUCGGCAACCGUGGAGCGGAGCACAAGGCACCUGCAACAAGGCGACCAACCUACAAGGCACACAAGCGGCAAACACGGGAAGACACGACCAGCGGAUGAGAAGCACGGCAGCGAAGCGCAAGGCAACACCAACAGCACAGCCACACUACACAGCGAACACAUCAACCUGCGAAGAGCCGCAUGCGAAGCAAGCAGGACAAGCAGCAGGGCAACGGCAGAGCGCAGACAAGGACGUCCGCACAUCCAACGCGGAGCAAAGCGGCACAUGACCUACUCACAUCACGAGUUAAUCCCGCAGACUGUUGGUUCCCACCACCCACUGAGCCAGGGAGACACUCCGACGACCAUCCGUCAUGACCGACAGGCAACACAGACAUCCCGAACCAAGCAGCCCCCCUAAGAGUGCAGUAGGCAUUCCAAACGAGAACCUACCGACUAUUUGGCACUGCUAGAGGGUGUUCGGCUAGAGACACACGUGUGUGCGCGCGCAUCCCUCGACUUGGAAAACCAUGGCAAGUGAGUCCGAAGCAGUUGGCCAGCAAUUCAUUUGUUUCUGUUUUUUUUUUUUUUUUUUUUUUCCCAACACACUCAACCCUUCUAUUCUGGGAGGUACCAGUCCGGUUGCUUAUUACCGGCAAGCAUAGAAAGACAACAGGAAAACAAGCAUAACAUCAGAUGAGAGAGAAAGGAAAGGCCUACCUGCCCGGCCCGAGACGCCAAUGGCAGGGGACUGCGACUAGCUACCACACCUACGAGCAACAGGCUCGUGACCAGCCGGGAAACAUCCCCAGGGUACCCAGACACCUACCCGGGCUGACACGAGAGAUCCUGCACCUGAGGAGGGGGAGUGUGCCAUCAGCCGUGGUUUUGGCAACUUUCUACAGUGAAAAAAUAUACCAAAAGUGUGAUCAUCUGUCAGUCCCUGUUGUUGUUGUCGCUGUUGCUCCUGCUGAUGCUGCUGUUGUUGUUGUAGCCGUUGGCGGUAGUGCUUUGAAACGGUUUUCACCUUUUGCAGUCACAGAUGCGGAUCCCAGGGCUCGAUCCCCAGACCUUAAGCCUUGCCUUCCCUGUGUACAGUAUCAAGUCGACCCUGUGUGUCUUGAACCCGUGACCUGUGUGUUAGUAGUUGAAAGUUAUCUGUCGUAGGUCUGAGUAGUUGUUGAGUCUUGAACCUUAGACCUGUCGAAGUACGGGUCAUAACUGCAUAGGGGUCGUAGUUAUUGUAGUUCUGAAAGGUCAAGGUCGUAGCUGCUACAGUCCUGAAAGGUCAAGGUCGUAGCUGCUACAGUCCUGAAAGGCCAAGUCCGCAAACUUCCGGAAGGUCAGGAAGUGGCCUUUCAAGUUUCUUCUCACGUUAUACACAGCAGACCAGAGGCAAGUGGGCAAGUGGUGAUUCCAACUUCGCUUAGUCAGCAGUACCCAGUCCCAGUCUCACUUUGUACAGUCAGCAAGUACCAUGAGGGACUGUGUGCACCAUGGGUCCGGUGGAAAAGCGCAGACCAGCGACUUACAGAAGUAUAAAUCAAGAGGCAGCAUCCAGCCAUUCAUUCAUUCCUGCGUGAGCCAUGCGGAAGCGCUGCCCAAGCGUCUUGUGCGAGGUGGUCUGCAGAUGCCCGAGGUCGAAUUGGGCUUGAAGAAGUUAGUGCGCCAUAGUUAGUAGUAGCCGGCGGCCAUUGCCACCAUAGCUAGCGUUAGAUGUUAGUGUGUGUGUAUGCGUGUGUGAUGCAGUGAGCGCGUGUGGGGUAUUCAUGGUGAUUUAGGGUUGAGUGUGUGCAAAAAGUGGUGUUGGAAACAGUGUCGAGAGUUGGGAUGUA